UCCAGUUUCCAAACGGCUACCAUAAGUGGAGAUCGGACCAUUUCACGAGGUGCGCACAUUAACUUCCGUGCGCACCCCGCGCACACCAGACUAAACUAAUCAAAUCGCUCCACGUCAUCACUCCGCAGGAACAAGCAACCCACCUCCCCCAUUCCCCGCGUGAUAGUAGUAGAAGAAGAACAAGACCAACCAAGCCUUCUUCACCAUUGCCAGCCCUUUUCAGGCCAUCCACAAUUCCGAUAAUACCCUCUGCCUUUCUCUGUUAUACCCAAUCUGCCACUCUCUUCCGCCAUGCCUCCAGCCACCACCUCCUCCUCCUCUUCGGCGGCGGCGGCGGCUUCUCAGACUCAUAAUCUCAUCCGCUUCAAUGGAUGCCGGCACCGGACAUCGGCUCCAUUUAGACCGUCGCCGCCGUCUUCUCCGCCGGCUAAGAAAUUUAAGCCGCUCUCGGAGGUAAUGGCGAGGGCUCAGUAUGCCGUGGCGAAGGAGGUGGAAGAAGAAGAAGAAGAAGAAGAAGAAGAAGAGGAGGAGGAAGAGGACGAGGACGAGGACGAGGACGAUUAUAGCGACUUGAGGUGCGAGCAAUGCGGCUCCGGAGAAAACCCCGAUGAGCUUCUUCUUUGCGAUAAAUGUGAUAAGGGAUUUCACAUGAAAUGUCUGAGGCCGAUCGUUGCCAGAGUUCCGAUUGGAUCGUGGCUCUGCCCUAUGUGUUCCGGAGAGAGAAGAGUAAGAAGCUUAUCGCAGAAAAAGAUCAUUGAUUUUUUCCGGAUUCAGAACUCCAAACACGGGGAAGAAAAAUUUACGUCUCAUCAAGUUCUAGAUGCUAGAAAGCGACGCAGGCGUUCUGGAUCGUUGGUGUUACAAAAGAAAAGAAGGAGACUUUUACCAUUCAUUCCAACAGAAGAUUCGGAUCGAAGAUUGAAACAAAUGGGUUCACUUGCUUCUGCUUUAACAACAUUGCAAAUGAAAUUCAGUGAUGAGCUCACUUACAUGCCUGGCAUGGCUUCUAAAUCUUCUAAUCAAUCCAAGUUUGAAGAUGGUGGCAUGCAGGUUCUUUCUAAAGAAGAUAUUGAGACCUUGGAACAAUGCAGAGCGAUGUGUCAAAGAGGAGAAUGUCCUCCACUUAUAGUAGUUUUUGAUUCAUGUGAAGGUUUCACAGUAGAGGCUGAUGACCCGAUUAAGGAUAUGACAUUUAUCGUUGAAUACACUGGCGAUGUGGAUUACAUUAAGAACCGAGAACAUGACGAUUGUGAUAGUAUGAUGACUCUUCUCUUAGCAACUAAUCCAACUAAGAGUCUUGUCAUCUGCCCCGAUAAACGUGGAAACAUUGCUCGCUUUAUCAAUGGCAUUAACAAUCAUACCGUGGAUGGGAAGAAGAAGCAGAAUUGUAAAUGUGUGAGAUACAGUAUUAAUGGUGAAUGCAGGGUCUUUUUAGUUGCUACUCGAGAUAUCUCUAAAGGAGAGAGACUAUAUUAUGACUACAAUGGAUACGAGCAUGAAUACCCUACAGAGAAUUUUGUCUGACCUAUAAUAUAAACACUUGCCAACGAAUUUGUAUUCGUUAGGUUUUUCUUAAAUUUUAAUUUUUAAUUUUUUUUUUCACUAUUUCAUUCUAGGAGAGUCAAAUUCGAGCCAAUUGAUUAUAAUCUCAAGCUGGCCAUGAGAGAAAUAGGGUAGAAAAGAAUUUUUUUUCUUUUUAAUUUAAAGUUGAACACAAAUUUGAAGUUAUUAGAAAUAUAAUUUUUUAGGUUAAUUUUCUUUAUUUUUCUUUUAAUUUUUCAAUAUUUUGUUUCCAGUUUGUAAAAUAACAAUUGGUUUAGAUUAUGUUGGAUUAAAACUA